AUGAAGCAAACAAUCCAUAAUGGGUUUUCUUCUGUGUUUACAGUUGCCUUCAUUGGAGGUGCUCUUUUUGUACUUCAGCAUUUUGCAGGCAUAAAUGGAGUUCUUUAUUUUUCAUCAUUGACCUUUCAUGACGUCGGAAUUCAAAGUAGUGCUUUAGCAAGCUUGUUUGUUGGGCUUACAAACUUUGCAGGUUCCCUUUGUGCUUUAUACUAA